AUGCCAUCAUCCACUAAGCUUGCUACAAAACAUUUUUCUGGUUAUUCAUCUGGCCUCUUUAUAUCAUUACACUAUUUCUUCCAUCCAGACACCCUGCAACUAUGGGCUGCACGCUCACCAAGGGAAUACUCUCUACGAGCACGAGCAGGUGAAGAUGAUGGACAUGUCCGACGUGUCACCCAUGCCCUCUAUCCCCGCAUCCUUGUUGUAUUUGAUGAAGACACACAAGGUUGGACAAGAGUCAAUGAUGAGGCAGUAGUGAGGCACAAACCAUAUGUCGCUGUCACCUACUGCUACCCCGAUGUGAUAAAUUCCGGAGGUACAGAGGCACUCAUAGAGCGGGUACGGCAUGCUACCUUAGAUCAAGGAUUCGAUGCGUACUGGCUAGAUCUCGAGUGCUUGCUUGAGGGUCCCAUAGGAAAGGCCCAAGACCUGUAUCGCAUGUCAGACGUCUACCGACUCGCAUCCUUCACACUCAUCAUACUCACCAACAAGAGCGCUUGGCUUUCUUGGGGCAACCGCGUUUGGACUCUGCCGGAAGCUCUCCUUAGUCGCGAGCUGCGAUACAUGGCUGGAAAUGAAACAGUCACCCCCAUUAAUCUCAUCCAAAUCGCUUCCUUAGCUUACCGCCACCACGAUAAAGAAUCCCAGAUUAUCAACUCUUAUGCCCUUGGGAAGGAUCCGGUCGAGAGGUUGGCACGCAAUCUCCAACUCAAAGAAGCAAUAUGGCGUCGAGAAAGCUUUUCCUCUCAGAUUACGAGUCAGCGCAGAGAUUCUCAGGGGAGAUAUCACGCAGAAAAGGUCUAUGCGCUCAUGGGAUUUUUCGAGCAUCACAUUCUCCCGGAUCCUGAGGAGACAGAGCUACAAGCGCUUGCGCGUUUGUUUAUGGCAAAUGACAACGACCACAUUGCUGAUCGCAUGAUCUCAAUGUUUCCCACAGAUCGAAGAGGUGUGAAUCAAUGGUACACCAACGAAGACGAAUAUGGUGCCAAGCUUUGGGACAUCGAGCCCACUGUACAGGUCAUUGGCAUUACAUCCAAUGGUUCUCUUGUGUUGGAUGGCUGCCGGGCAGCAACGAUUAGGUGGAAGAAUUUCCCAUCCGUAGCAUAUGCUACGAGGCGCUCUAUCCGACUUCAUCUUUUACUUGCAGUGCCAUAUCUGGCCUUGUUCUUCAUUGUAGCGAGUUGCUACAUGAUUAUCAUCGGAAAUCAAUGGUUUAGCGAUGAUAAAUACGAUGUUCUACGUAUAGCCGGCUACGUCACGCUUGCCUUCGCACUUAUUCUGCUAAUAUGUGCACCCGUCCUCACAAGUUACGCACACUCUGGACGCAUCGUCCUUGCUCGUCCAUGGCUGAUCGGAGUCAAAGGAGUCAUUUCUGCGCAGGAAGCCUCCGACCACCUGUAUGGGCGUCAGAUUUGGAGUUCUUGUCGCACCCUUUACUCUCCUUCCGGUUCACUUUUGGCGAAAUGGACAGAAAGUGAUUCCAAGUUCCGCGAAGGCCACAUUUCACAGUACGAAGCAGCCCUCACAGCCCCACCAUUCGACCCUAUUGAAGGUCACAUGUUCACCCUCGUUGACACUGUCUCAAGCACGAUUUACUAUUUCCGUGCGCAUAGGCCGCCCACAGUCUGUCUUUUUACUGGAUCAGAGGGCGGACAAGGGAGGUUUGUCUUGGCCAGUGAAGAAUGCAGCAGUAGCGAGCUGCGACGUGAGACGGUGCUUCGUAUGCCGACUUUCAUCUCUUCUUACAUGCACCUUUGUGAUUGGGUGGCUCUGGGUGGUAGACCUUAA